ACCAGCUCUCUCUGUGUGGACCUGUGCAAGUCGCUCUCUUGAUUGUGUAAUAUUUUUCCCCCCUUCUUCUUCCUGCAAGCGUCAAAAUCUGCAGCCGAGAGCGCAAGAAGAAGAAGAAGAAGCAGAAGAGGAGGAGGGGAAACAUUCAUCACAUUUAUAUUUCUUCCUAUUACAUGGCGCAAGGGCUAUACAAACGGGACCGUCCUGGGUGUGAUACUGCCACGGUGAGCUGGGAUAUUCAAGCGGCAGAGUCCUCCUCCUCCAGCAGCUGCUGCGGCGCCCACACCGACUCCUCGUCCUCCUUCUGCCGGCUCCAUGUCGAGUGAUGGUCGGCGUGCCUUGCUGGAUGCUCCCCGCUCUUUCCGGAUCGUCGACGACAGAGCCUCCUCUGACCGCAGACCCCCAUUUUCGGCGGAAAGCUUCCCAGAGCUAUAGGGCUACAUAUGGAAACUGGGGAUCAAAAUUUUAGGAAAAAGGCAAAUAUACGCGGUUAAUUUCGUUUCUUUUUUUAAAAUUUUUAUCGGUUUUCUAGCUAGUUUGUGUGUUUUUAAAUGCUAAUUUACGUCUGAGCCUUGAUUUCCUCAUUCCAGCGUGGUUCAUUUGCGAGAAACCAGCGUGAUAUUUCCUUUAAAACCACAUUUAGUCGACAUAAACAACCAGAGAGUUGCUUUAAAUCCUCUCGACAGACUCCAAGUCGUCCAUUUUUUACUCUUUUUUUAUUUCCACUAAAUUUCCCUGCUGUCCUUCGUUUGUUAUCUCCUAGCUAUUUACCGUUUUCGGCUAACAAAACACACUAGAGUAAUAUAUUAAUACUAGACUUUAGGAAAGCUUUUUGCAUAGUUAUAAAGUAACUGCAAUGCUAUAACCUCUGACUUAAGUAACUCACUGUAACAGACAUAUUGAACUGUUGUACUGUAAGCCUACCAUUACUCUAUACUGUCUCCAUUUGAGCUCAUGUUAAUUCAGCUCUGUGCAAUUCUGUAACCUUUAAGUCAACUAACAGGUUGUCUGCUCUCUCUCUGCAGCACUGCUGUAGACGAUAAACCUCAGUUUGGUUCCCAUUUUAAGGCUAAAGGCUGUAGGACACAACUAAUCCGUCCUAGCUAAGUGUUAUUAUCCACAUUUUUGGCUUCAUUUGCUGCUACAUCUGCAGCUGAAGGCCUGCUAAGGUUCUGCCACCCUCUGUACUUCCAGUUUCUCAUCUUUUUGGGUGCAGAAAAACAAGAACAAACAGAGAGGAGAGACUUAACAGCCUCUUCCUCUCUUCAAAAACCUCCAAACACCUUACUUUUUUCUCCUGAUUUGGUCCUCACCCAAACGCAACCAUAAGGUUCCUACCGCACCCUCCGCCUCCUUCUUCCCUCUCCUUCCGCACGAGUAUAUCCCGGUUUUUCGGUUUGGUUUGGUCCCGGAAAUUUUCAAAUAUUUACUUCCUGUACAUCAAGAGGAAAGGGGGUCCCCCUUUCAUGGAAUGCGGAAACAUGGGUCUGUUCGACCGCGGAGUCCAGAUGCUGCUGACCACGGUGGGCGCCUUCGCGGCCUUCAGCCUCAUGACCAUCGCGGUCGGCACGGACUACUGGCUGUACUCCCGGGGCGUCUGCAGGACCAAGUCCAUGAGCGACAACGAGACCAGCAAGAAGAACGAGGAGGUGAUGACCCACUCGGGCCUGUGGAGGACGUGCUGUUUGGAAGGAAACUUCAAAGGAAUGUGCAAACAGAUAGACCACUUUCCUGAGGAAACAGAUUACGAAGCAGACCCAUCUGAGUACUUCUUACGUGCGGUGCGAGCCUCCAGCAUCUUCCCCAUCCUCAGUGUCAUCCUGCUGUUCAUGGGAGGCCUCUGUAUAGCUGCCAGUGAGUUCUACAAGUCACGUCACAACAUCAUCCUCAGUGCGGGAAUCUUCUUUGUGUCUGCAGGCCUGAGCAACAUCAUCGGCAUCAUCGUGUACAUAUCAGCCAACGCGGGGGACCCUUCAAAAAGCGACUCGAAGAAGAACAGCUACUCCUACGGCUGGUCCUUCUACUUCGGUGCGCUUUCCUUCAUCAUGGCUGAGAUGGUGGGCGUCUUAGCUGUGCACAUGUUCAUCGACCGCCAUCGACAGCUUCGAAUAGGGGCACGUGCAGCCGACUACCUCCAAGGCUCGGCCAUAACGCGAAUCCCCAGCUAUCGCUACCGCUACAGACGCCGCUCGCGCUCCUCUUCCCGCUCCACGGACCCAUCACACUCCCGUGACACCUCGCCGGUGGGCCUAAAGGGCUUCAGCGCGCUGCCAUCCACAGAGAUCUCCAUGUACACGCUUCCCAGGGACACACUCAAGUCCUCCGGCACGCCCACCGCCACCUACAACUCCGAGAGGGACCACAACUUCCUGCAAGUCCAUAACUGCAUCCAGAAAGACCUGAAAGACUCGAGUCACACCAACACAGCAAACCGCCGCACAACGCCGGUAUGAGGGAGUCAACACAGGCCGGGCAGGCCAGCGGAGAGCAGAGACCAGGAGACACGGGAACCCCUGUGGGUGCCGUACGCCCCGGGAGAAGAUGGAUUUCCAUGUUUAUAGACAUUUGUUCUUUUUGUUCAGCUGCAUGACUUUUCCAUUACCAUUGUUGAGAGAGUUUCAACAAGUCUGCUGUGUUCCCGGAUUGAAUGGCAGCACAGUCAGAGCGGGACAGAUUGUCC